AGUGUGAAACCUCAUCUCCCACUACAGUCCUGCCAGGGCCCAGGAGAGCUUAACCCACCCAGGCACACCAUAACAGCAGAGAUGACUCGGGACAAAGAAGUGUGGAAGCAAAUGUUUCAGGAGUUAAUGCGGGAGGUGAAGCCAUGGCACAGAUGGACCCUGAGACCAGACAAGGGCCUUCUUCCCAACGUCCUGAAGCCAGGCUGGAUGCAAUACCAGCAGUGGACCUUCGCCAGGUUCCAGUGCUCCUCCUGCUCUCGUAAUUGGGCCUCUGCCCAAGUUCUGGUCCUUUUCCACAUGCGCUGGAGUGAGGAGAAGUCCAGGGGCCAGGUGAAGAUGAGGGUGUUUACCCAGAGAUGUAAGAAGUGCCCCCAACCUCUGUUUGAGGACCCUGAGUUCACGCAAGAGAACAUCUCAAGAAUCCUGAAAAACCUGGUGUUCCGAAUUAUGAAGAAAUGCUACAGAGGAAGAUUUCAGUUGACAGAGGAGGUUCCUAUGAUCAAGGACAUCUCUCUUGAAGGACCACACAAUAGUGACAACUGUGAGGCCUGUCUGGAGGGCUUCUGUGCUGGGCCCAAACAGGUUACAAGCCUCCCCCAAUCUCAGACCCCAAGAGUAUACUCCAUUUGCAAGGUGGAGGAGGGAGUUGAGCCCUGGGCCUCAAGAAAGCGUGUCUGUUCCUACACAUUGCAGAAACACAUCUGUAGGAGCGUAAGCAUUUUCUGCUGUUGUGUCAUCCUCAUUGUUAUUGUAGUGAUUGUUGCAAGAACUGCUAUAUGAGCCUUGGAAACAUGAUGCUAAGUCAGAAAAAAAAUCAGUAACAAAAAGUC